AUGAUUGCCGACCCAAGCACCCUGAUCGUGUCUUUUGCCGAGUUGACGCUUCCCCUCUAUCGGUACAAAUCACAAUUCCCGUACGGAUUUCCCGAAUCCCCUACGGGGAUUGCUCACGGCAACUCCCCUCCAUAUAACGAAAAGGAGCCAUAUGUCGCAAAGGAAACGACUCAAGAUGCUGGUAUUGGAGACUUUCUCGAGUAUCAGGCAUCUCCUGAAGAGGAACGCCAACUGCUUCGGAAACUAGAUCUAUUCAUGAUCCCAAUUAUGGGAUUUUGCUAUAUGCUUCAAUACAUGGAUAAACUGGCUAUAAGUCAAGCGACUCUCUUGAACAUGCGAGCCGACCUUGAUCUUGUUGGCUCACAAUAUACAUGGUGCUCCGCCAUAUUUUACUUCGGGUAUCUAGCCUGGAGCUGGCCUACAUCUUAUUUGAUUGUUCGUCUUCCGCUAGGAAAAUACUUGGCAGUAUCUGUGUUUUUGUGGGGUGGUAUUCUGAUGUGCCACGCAGCUUGCGAGAGCUUUGCUGGGUUGAUCACUGCACGAUUUUUCCUCGGAGUUGCUGAGGCUGCCGUCGCACCAGGCUUCGGAUUGAUUACUGGAAUGUUCUAUAAGCGCGAGGAGCAGCCAGCACGUCAAGCUGCAUGGUUCAUCGGCAACUGCGUCGCCAACAUAAUCGGUGGUGUCAUUGCAUAUGGAAUUGGACAUGCUUCCUCAAGUCUGCAAAGCUGGCGUCUCUUGUUUCUCGCACUGGGAGCCAUAACCUCCGGAUAUUCCGUGCUCUUAUUUUUCGUACUCCCUGAUUCACCCGCUACAGCUUCUUUCCUUACACCUACGGAGCGAACAAUUGCAGUGCAGAGAACUCUGACAAACAAGACCGGCGCGGCUAACGCCAGCGAAUUUGAUUGGAGCCAGGUUUUGGACACAGUAAAGGACCCGCAAGCAUGGCUUAUGGUAUUCUACACAUUUUGCGUGAAUCUUGCCAAUGGUGGACUUACUAGCUUCGGUGCCAUCAUUGUUGAAGGAUUUGGCUUCCCUGCUUUCAAAUCGUUGCUGAUUCAGAUGCCAAUUGGCCUUUCUCAACUCGUUUUCCUCAUAAUUACUGCGGCUAUGGCAACAUACAUCCCAAAUUCUCGCAUCCCGGGAAUGAUACUCAACGUCAUAGUUGCCGUCAUUGGUGUCGUUAUGAUAUACACACUCGAUGAUGCCCACAAGGUUUCAAAGAUGGUUGGUUUGUGCUUUGUCGCGGCUUUUGCUGCCAACAUUCCACUCAUGCUGAGUAUCGUCAGCUCAAAUGUGGCUGGUGUUACGAAGAGAAGUACAAUCAGUGUUGCGGUGUUUGCUGCGUAUUGCGUAGGCAAUAUUGUGGGACCACAAUUCUUUUUAGCUUCUCAGGAUCCUGUUUAUGAGAGUGGCAUCGAGGCGUCCCUAUGCGGACUUGUGUUGGGUGUUUUCUUCCUUGGCUUACUUAUCACAUUCUACAUUUGGGAGAACAAACGGCGAGACUCUAAGCAGGGUCGGGUGGUGGAGAAUUCCGACCUGCUCGAUCUUGUUGCAGAACAAGCCAACAAGACCGAUCGGCAGAUUCCUAGCUUCCGCUAUGUUAUUUAA